ACAAAUGGAAAAACUGCUUUCGCCCACAAAAUCAGAGGUCUACGUUACAGAAGAGCCAUACGACAAGGUUCCACUCGAGCUGGAAGAUAUCAAGUAUUCCUCCACCGAAAUCCUUGAUGAAUCUGCUGAUGACGCCCCGUUGCCGGAGGUGCGGUCGGUAGUACGCCCCGGUGAUGAUGAGUCGUUGCCCAUCAACUCGUUUCGGUGCUACUUCGUGGCGGUAUUAUUCACGGUUGUUGGUGCUGCCAUUAACCAAUUUUUCGCUUUACGGUAUCCCGGAAUCACAGUCACCUCCACGCUAGCACAGUUGGUACUGUAUCCGUUGGGCCAGUUUCUUGCCCGGGUGCUCCCUGUGUGGCUGAUGGACUUGGGACGGUUCGGGACCUUUGUGUUGAACCCUGACAGGCACUUUAAUAAGAAAGAGCACACGAUUGUGACUAUCAUGGCCAAUAUCUCCUUUACGGCCGCAUGGGCCACCGACGUGAUCCAAGCCCAGUAUAUUUACGGUGUGCCCGCACCCGCGGGCUACCAGAUCCUCAUGGUUUUGACGUGUCAGUUGUUUGGGUUGGGGGUUGCUGGGCUUGUGGAUGAUGUUUUGGUGAAAGAUUCUCAUAACUACUGGCCCAACACCUUGGCCAAUGUGGCCCUCUUUGACUCUUUACACUCCAACGCCAAUCCAGUCGCAGACGGCUGGAGAGUCAGUAGACUUCGGUUUUUUCUCAUUGUGUUUUUGUGCCUGUUUGUGUACUACUUUUUCCCCGGGUUUAUAUUCCAAGCCCUCUCCUACUUCACGUGGAUAUGCUGGAUCGUCCCCAAUAACGUAGUGGUGAACCAGAUCUUUGGACAAAUCCAAGGACUUGGAUUUUCUCCCAUCACUUUCGACUGGCUGCAAAUCACCUAUGCGAACGGAUCGCCGCUCUUGAUUCCAUUUUGGCUGCAAAUUAUGACCAUUAUCGGUUGGCUCAUUUUCUUUGGCAUUUUACCAUUGAUUUUGUACUACAAGAAUGUAAUGUUCUUUGCGUACUUACCGAUCUCAUCAUCUGAUGUGUUUGAUAACACGGGUCAGGCCUACAACGGGCUGCGGGUGCUUGAUAUCUCGACCAUGGCCUUGAAUGAAGAGUCGUACAAAGAAUAUUCCCCUCCGUUUUUGGCGGCGACCUAUGCCAUCGGCUACGGGGUCUCGUACGCGGUGUUGUCACUGUCGGUGUGCUACGUGGUGUUGUACCAUGGCAAAGACAUUGUGAGAUCGUUGACCGGCGGUGUGAGAGAAGACGUUCACGUGCGGGAAAUGAAAAAGUACCCGGCCGUGCCCAAGUGGUGGUACGGCUUGUUGACGGUGUUGGUUUACGCCGCAACAAUCAUCACCAUGGAGAAGUACGAUUCCAAAUGGCCGGUGUGGGGAAUUACCAUCGCCUUGUUGAUGGUGAUGGUGUUCAUUUUGCCAGUGGGAAUUGUCUACGCCAGGACCAACAUCAACACCAACUGUAUGACGGUGUUGGGCCAGAUCAUUGCCGGUUAUGCCAUGAACCCAUCCAAGCCGAUCGUGUCAUUGGCAUGGAAAUUCUAUGCCUACACGGGAAUUUCUCAAGCCAUGUACUUUUCGCAGGACAUGAAGUUGGGCUACUAUAUGAAAAUCCCCAAGAAGACCUUGUUUUGGUGUCAGUUGAGCUCAUGUAUCAUCGGGGCGUUUGUCCAGGUGGGGAUCUUGAUCGCCAUGUUGAACAACGUCGAUGGUAUUUGUCUGGCUGAUCAGCCCGACCAUUUUACUUGUCCUCAGGGAACCACUAAUUUUGCAGCCAGUGUGGUGUGGUCAUUGGUGGGCCCCAAGCGGUUGGUAUCACCCGGCAAGAUAUAUGCGGGUUUUCUCCAUCUUUUCUGGAUUGGUGCUGUCUUGGUGAUCAUCACCUGGUUGUUGCAGAAGAAGUUCCCCCAUAACCAGGUUUUAAAGAACUGGAACUGGGUCAUUGUGUUUGGGGCCAUGGGUAACUAUCCUCCUGCCACGGGACUAAACUAUACAUCGGCAUGUGCAGUGGGUAUUCUCUUCAACUGGUACAUCAAAAGAAAAUGGGGUAAUUGGUGGUUGAAAUAUAACUUUGUGUUAUCGUGUGCAUUGGAUAUCGGAGUCGCCUUAUCGGGGGUGAUUAUCUUUUUGUGUAUUUCAUACCCUGGAGGCAGCUUGAGCUGGUGGGGAAACACUGUGUUUGAUAACACGGCUGACGGUUUGUUGACGCCAUAUAAAGCUAUUCCGGAGAAGGGGUACUUUGGUCCUGACACAUGGAAAUAAUUGUAUAGUCAAGAAGAUAUUUUGGAAUAUGUGUAAAA